AUCUUCAGGAAUUCGGCUUCGUUCAAUGUAUAUUGUACACACUCUAUUGGCUAAUUGUGUAAAUAAACAUUUAGGGACAAAUAGACUAGUUUCAAGUUUAAUGGAGCAAUAAAAUAAUCGUUAAUAAUCUGUAAACAUGGAUUUAUUUGGUGAUUUACCAGAACCUGAGCAAAACAAGAACGACGAGAGAAAAGCUAAAAGAAGUCAUGAUGAUAAAGUUUCGGAAGAUGAGACUAAAGCAAAAAAGUCCCAAAUGAUUAGCAUGACUGAUUACAAAGACAAUGAGAUUAUUGGUCUCCAUUCAUACGUCGCCGAACGCAAAGGAGAGAGGGACGAGAUGCAAGAUACGCACGUUAAUAUAGAUAAUUUUACAUCGAAUGUAGAUAACUUGCAUCAUACUAUAAAACGGCUAGCUUAUUACGGCGUUUACGACGGACACAAUGGAAGUCGGGCUGCGAAGUAUUGUGAGGAAAAUAUGCAUGUAAUUUUAGCUAAGAAAUUAGCGAAGGCCAACUAUUCAACCAUAGAUAAAGAUAUAAAAAAGUAUUUCAUAGAAACCUAUAAGAAGGUAGACGACGCUUUUUUAGCAAAAGCAUCUCAAACGAAACCUUCGUGGAAAGAUGGAAGCACCAGUACAAGCAUUCUAAUAGUUAAUAAUAUUGCCUAUGUUGCGUCCGUUGGGGAUAGCAAGGCUGUACUAUAUAGAUUCGACGAAAAGAAGAAUAGCCUUACGGGACUAACGCUGACGACAGAUCACAAUCCUACAUCGUAUGAAGAGCGAAUGAGAAUACAGAAAGCCGGCGGCACUGUUAAAGAUGGGCGAGUGCUUGGCCAUUUGGAAGUGUCAAGAUCGAUUGGUGAUGGACAAUAUAAAAAUCACGGAGUUUCUUGUAUACCUGAUGUAAAGAGAUGCAAUAUAACUGAGACCGAUAGGUUCUUAGUCAUAGCCUGUGACGGUUUAUGGAAAAGAUUUUCUGUUCAAGAGAUAAGCGAACUCUUACCAUCGACCGUUGAUCCUGCUGAAGAUAUCGAUAAAUUACUGGAAAGCUUAUCAACGAAACUCGUCAAUAUGGCAAUUAAAGGCUUGGUCGCUGAUAAUGUUACAAUUUGUAUCGUAGCUUUAUUAAAACGCCCUUUAACGCCUCAAUAA